AUGGCUGACCAAAUAAUAAACCCAAGUACCACACAUACUGCAAAACCAGCUGGUCAAGGUUACGAUUAUACAAUGGGACCUACCCAAACUCUCCCAAACAUACCAAGUCCGUUCAAUACGGGAGCAUCGACGGUACCGAACUCGUCCAUAUACGAUGAAUCCCUUAUCGCAAAGGAUAAACAAGUAUCCCUCUCCGCAUAUUCAUUUCUCUUCCAAUCAAUGGUGCAAUACGAGCGCGAAUCGUCUAAAAAUGUUCACGAUAUCGAACGCAAAUUAAACGGCUUGGGCUACAAGAUCGGAACGCGACUCACUGAACUCCUCAAUUUCAGGGAUUCGGUCCCCAAUAAACCGGCACACACAAACAUGGACUCUGUUGCCAAUUCCAUUUCCAGCAUGAAACGUCGUCAUAUCAAGAUCCUCGAGACUUUGCAGUAUAUUCAUCUCACCGUCUGGCAAUACCUCUUUUCGAGACCCAGUAACGACUUGGUCAAAUCAUCGGAACGUGACAACGAAUACAUGAUUAUCGACAACGAGCCUGUCAUUUCCCAGUUUAUCAACCAGCCUGCUGUCCAAUGUGAAUCCUUUACCUGCGGCAUCAUAGAGGGCUUUCUCGAUAUGGCUGGAUUUCCAUGUCACGUGACAUCACAUACCGUUGAAGAAGCGGGCUUUACAAACAGAACCAUCUACCUGAUACAAUUCGACAAUGCUGUUGUGGAAAGAGAGACACUAAGGCAGUGA